CUCACCUUUAACAGUUCAACAUGGCGGAAGUUCCAGUGACUCAAUCUGCUCAGGCUGAAGUUCCUAAAAGCAGCAGCGAACCAGCGGAAGGAUACGACAAGAAAUGUAUCUUCUGCAAGAUUGUACACAAUGAAAUGGGAACGGAGCUUCUUCUCUGUGAUGAAGAGAUUUCGUGUUUCAGAGACAUCAAACCUGCAGCUCCUCACCACUACCUGGUCGUCCCAACCAGACAUGUAGGGAACUGUAAAUCACUCAACAAGGAGGACGUGCCUUUGGUGAAGCGGAUGGUUGAGAAAGGGAAGGAGAUCCUACAGAAAAACAAUGUCACAGACCUCAGUGACGUCAGGUUUGGUUUCCAUUGGCCCCCAUUCUGUUCGGUUACACACUUACACCUUCAUGUCCUGGCGCCCGCCAGCCAAAUGGGCUUCAUGUCCCGCCUAUUCUACAGGCUCAAUUCCUAUUGGUUUAUCACGGCGGAGCAGCUGAUUGAACUUCUCAACUCUAAAGAAUAGACCGACUGACCACUUGAAUCCACUUCCUGCAGGACUCGGCUGGGAUGCAGUGACUGGACAAUCCAGCCUCUUGCAGUUGUCAUGUUGGAUGUUGCACGCCCACAUUAGAUGGCUGCCUCUUUGAACACAUUAAAUAAUAUUUGUAAUUCCAUGAUGUUUGUAAUAAGUGCCCACUUAGGUUUUUUGUUUUGUGAGAACACUUCACACUUAAAGCCAAAGUGAAAGCUUUAACAAAGCCAAAUGUGUCUAGCUGCUUGAGACCUUAACAUAAGUUUUUGUAUUUUUACAGAAGAAGAAGUGAAUUAAAUCUUCUUUUAUCCGCCAAAGAUAAGUCAUUAUUCACUCUUUGGACCAAGUUAUAGACAGUGUAAUCCAGAGCUUGUUGUUUAAGGCAGUCUUUUUCUACUGAGAGGACAGGAGAGAUGAAUUGAACAAUAGACUUCCUGAGAUCAUUAUCAUUUCACAGCUAGAGAAGUGAUGAUUCAUAAACUGGUCUCUUGUCAUGCAGCAGUGCUUCACAGGUUUGACUUUAUAGGUGUGUACUGGAAUGUAAGAUCGAUUGAUAUAAAUCGUAUGUUGAGAGAUCAAACAGGCAGUUCACCAUUUACAAGGCUCUAAAUUAAAAGGCUUAUUUACUCAUCGUUUGAAUUGAAGAAAUGUUCUCUAACAGUGUUAAGAUAUAAUAUGAACUAGCUAGAUGGUGCAUGUGGUAACUACGAAUGCAGCUGUAUUAUUCCCUAAUAUAUUAAUGGAAUGUGAAGAAAUCCUACUGUAUAAAUGUGUAUGCACUUUCAGAAUUGUUGAUUUAGAAUAAAUAAUUUAUUGCUUCUUCUCA